GGCGUCGCGUGGAUCCACCUCAGGAGAGAAAAGGAGAAGUUGAGACGAACAAAGUUCAACAUGGAGGCGCCGGAGCGGAGCAGGAGGCCGGAGGAGGUGCAGCGCCUCUCCGAGGGGACCUAGUCCGCCGCGGGCUCUUCGUGUUCGAUCCCCGGGAGCAGGACACCCAGCGACACGGGGCCGGGUUAGAGACGCGCAGCUCGGUCACAGUCCGCUCGGUCGCCCCGGUGCGUGUCGGUCCCAUGGAGGAGCUGGACUUCCGGCUGAGCUUCGAGGAGGACUCCGGAGGACGUGUCCCCGGAGGACAUGUCCCCGGAGGACGCGUCCACUCCGCAGGUCACGAUGUGAGGACGCCUCCCUCCUCCACGCAGCCUCUCUCUGAUCAGCUCUUGAGUCACGAGCUGCACAGUCACCCUCAAUAUUUCUCCACCUUAGACAGCUACCAGCAUGUUGGCUGCCAUUUCCCGGGGCCCCAGUAUGGAGCCCAGGGGAACCCCAGAGCCUUUGACUGCCCCAGUAUCCAAAUCACCUCCAUAGCUCCCAACAGCCAUGUGGAGCCCAGCUCUGGGCAGGAAGCGAGGGCAGUGGGUGGGGCGGAGGGAGGCUACCCUGAGGCCCCGUGGUCCAGAGACCAGCUGUACUUGCCCCUGGACCCCUGCUACCGGGACCCGGCCCUCUGCCCGAGCCCCUGCAGCAGCAUGUCCUCCAGGAGCUGGAUCUCCGACCUCUCCUCCUGCGAGUCCUUCUCCAACUUCUACGAUGAAGUGGAGGGGGAGCCGGGCGAUGUGGCCCGCCCCGCCCUGGGAUCCCCACUCGGGUCACCUUUGGGCUCCCCGGGCUGUGGGGGGGGGGCCUUCGGGGUGGAGUUAUGGCAACAGAAAUACCAGCAUCCUGUAGCCUUCAGCCCGUCGCUGUCGCCCCUCCAGUCGCCCCGUCAGUCGCCCUGCCACUCGCCUCGCACCAGCGUCACAGAGGAGAGCUGGCUGAACCGCCGGCCCACGUCCAGGCCGUCAUCCAGACCAACGUCCCCCUGUGGAAAGAGACGACACUCCAGCGCUGACCCUCGCAUUCGAGCCCGCUCGCCCUCCCCCCACCACUCACCCAGUCCCUCACCGACCGCCUCCCCCCGGGACAGCGUGUCAGUGGAAACGUGGGUAGGAAGCCCCGCCGGUGCCCUCGGGUCCCUCCUGAUGUCCGGCUACCAGGAGCUGGACGUCCCCUCUAAGACCAGGAGGACGUCAGGGAGCCAGCUGGGACUCCUCCCCGGUCAGGGGGGGGACCCCGGGCUGGAGCUGUUCCAGGAUUCUCCCACGGAGGAGGCACGAGAACAGGAGGGCCUGGCUGAGCUCUUCCUUCAGGUGCCCUCCCACUUCAGCUGGAACAAACCUAAACCUGGGAACCCUCCUCUGUUCAGGACCUCGUCCCCCCCGCCCCUGGACUGGCCUCUGCCCUGCCAGUACGACCAGUGUGAGCUGAGGAUGGAGGUCCAGCCCAAGUCCUACCACAGGGCCCACUAUGAGACGGAGGGCAGCAGAGGCUCCAUCAAGGCCUCGACCGGAGGACACCCUGUGGUGAAGCUGAGUGGAUACAGCGAGCAGCCGGUGGACAUGCUGCUGUUCAUCGGCACCGCAGACGACCGCUACCUUCGCCCGCAUUCCUUCUACCAGGUCCACCGCGUCACCGGGAAGACCGUCACCACCACCUGCCAGGAGAAGAUCAUGGGUUACAACAAGGUCCUGGAGAUCCCUCUGCUUCCAGAGAACCACAUGGCCGCAAGCAUCGACUGCGCCGGCAUCUUGAAGCUGCGCAACGCCGACAUCGAGCUGAAGAAAGGAGAGACGGACGUCGGGCGGAAGAACACGAGGGUUCGAGUCGUGGUGAGAGUCGCCCUCCCUCAGCCCGACGGCCGGAUGCUGUGGCUACAGACCACCUCCAAUCCUGUGGAGUGUUCCCAGCGCUCUGGUCAGGAGCUUCCUCAGGUGGAGAGCUUCAGUCCAGCCGGCUGCUCGGUGGACGGAGGCGAGGAGCUGCUGGUCAUCGGAUCCAACAUCUCGGCUCAGUCCAGGGUGGUUUUCCAGGAGAAAGGACCCGAUGGACGAUCGAUGUGGGAGAUGGACGGAAGAGUUGUGACAGAAAAAAGCAGCGGAUCCAGUGUCGUGGUGGAGGUGCCUCCGUACUAUAAGAAGAUCACGUGUCCGGUCCAGGUCCAGUUCUACGUCUCAAACGGGAAGAGAAGAAGAAGUCUGACCCGGAGCUUCAGCUUCCUUCCUGGAGUCAGAGGUCAGCUCCCUGCUGCUGGACCACAGCUGGUCAAGCAGGAGCACUGGGAGCUGGACCACAUCUCCCACAAUACAUCUGCUUUCGGGACAGAUGUGCCUUAUUAUGAUUCCGGUGGCCUCCCAGUGCAUUGUGGUCCUCCCUCCCAGAAGGCACCUUUUCUCCAUCAUCCUCCUUCCUCUGCCCCCCUUCAAACCCCUGUGAUGUUUCCUCACUCCUCCUCCGCCCUGCUUCACUCCUCCUCCGUGCCUCCUCAGACCUCCUCGGGCCCCCAUCAGACCUUGAUUCCUCUUCAGACCUUCACCCUCCCUCCUCAGACCUCCUCCAUCCCCCCACAGAUGUCCAGCGUGCCUCCCCAGGCUCCCUCUGGCGCCCUUCACACCUUCGUCAUCCCCCCUCAGACCUCCUCGCUGCCUCCCCCGACCUCCCCUGCUGGACGUCCGAGGGAACCGUCUCCAUCACUGAGCUCGAGGAGAGUGUUUGUGACCCCCGCCGACCCCCAGAAGGAUGCUCUGCUGAGCGUCAAGCAGGAGCCGGAGGACAAGGCCACUCUGGGAUCCUUGGGCCUCCAGGAGAUCACACUGGAUGAUGUGAACGAGAUCAUCGACAGAGACAUCGGGGUUCUGAGCAGCAGCGCCCAGCCCGACCAGUUUGACCAGUACCACCAGUACGACUGGGAGCACAAGUCCAGCGACGCCGCCUUACCGUUCUGUGGAGGUCCUCAGUAGCCCUGCGUCCUCUGGAGACGUGGACACGCUUCUGCUGCUGUUGGGACAAAACGGUCACGUCUGCACAAAGUGCAUCAGACUGAUUAAAGUGCCUGAAAACCAAACAGCGCCUCCAUCAGGACAUCGCGUCACAUCGCAGUUUCCUCGUCCGUCUCAGGAAUUUUAGUGCUAACUCGAACCUCAGUGACGAAGCAAAGAUCUUUUUUAUCUCUUCAUAUGAAUUGGAAUAAUUCUAAACAAACCAAAGGGCUGUAAAUCACCUGUAAGGCUUUAAUGUGACAUAACAAUCAGUGACGUCAUCACAGACGUCACACGUAAAGAAAAUCCUGUCGUUAUUUAUUGGCCAUUUAAUUUAAUCUAUUUUUGAUACUCUGGAUCCGUUUAACCAAAAGUCCUUCGGCUGAUUUUUACUCUGUACAGUUUACAUUUCCUUCACUGAUGACAUCACUGCUGUUCAACCUGAGCUGAAGCUUUGAGACGCUGAAUCAUAAACAUGUAUCGUUGAAGUUAAUGAAAAGAAAAGAAAACAAA